UUCAUGCAUAUUUUUAUAAUAAUUUCUUUAAUUUUAUUUCUAUGUGCUUUAAUUUGUAUUAUUCUCAUUCUAUUUAGUUUAACUAAUAAUUCAUUAGAAAAUAAUUCAAACUAUGAAGCGUAUAAUUCAGAAAAACAAAUAAUUAGAGAAUUUAAUAAUGGCGAUAAUGAAUAUUUUAAAAGAAAGAGAGCAGCUACUGCUAUCAAAAGAAAGUUAUGGGAUGAAGGUGUUAUUCCAUUUGAAAUUGGUUAUGAAUAUCUUUAUUUUCAGUUUAAAUUAAUACACGAAGCAUUUCGUGAAUGGGAAGCUGAAACGUGUCUCAAAUUCAUUCCAGCUGAGCCUUCACACGAAUAUAGAAUUAUUGUGAAAAAAGGAGGUUCGUGUGGUUGUUGCUCUCUUUUUGGAAAAACGCAAAGAAAACAGAACUUGAUCAUCAACUAUGUCUGUAAUUAUUCAAUGAUUUUACAUGAGUUAGGACACGUGAUUGGAUUUCAUCACGAGCAAAACAGACCAGAUCGUGAUAAAUAUAUUAAAAUAUUAUAUGGCAACAUCCAGAGUAGUAAACGCGUACAAUAUGAAAAAUUAACAAAAGAGGAGGUUAAUUCACUAGGAUUUCCUUAUGAUUAUAACAGUAUUAUGCAUUAUUCAUCUCGCUAUUUUUCAGUUUCUUCAAAAGAAGAAACAAUGAUAUCUCUCAACCAAUCUGUAUCUUUAGAAGAAGAAAGAAAGCAUCUUAGCAAAAUAGACAUUGCACAAACUAAUAAACUUUACAAUUGUCCAAAAUGCUUGUUUAAUAUUAGAGAUGAAUCAAGAACAAUAUCAACUAAGGAUCAAAGACUUAAGUUGGCAAAAGAGAGAUAUUGCCAAUGGUACAUUAAAAGAUAUCCAGGCGAAUUUAUUCAUUUUUACAUAGAUUAUCAUGAUAUAACUGAAACUGAAAACUGUUCCGAAAAUUAUUUAGAAAUUCGCGAUGGAUAUUGGUCUAAAUCACCACUUAUAGGAAGAUUUUGCGGAAAGCAAACUUACCGCAACUCUAAUUUUAUAUUAUAUAAAAGUCUCUCAAAUUAUUUAUUAAUUACAUAUAAAAGAACUUCUAGCUAUUCAGAAGAUCAAGGAUUUUCAUUAACUUAUAAAACUGUAUGUGAUAGAAUUAUCGAAGCCGAUGAAGGAAUAAUACAAAGUCCAAAUUAUUUGGGAAAUUAUUAUUUUCAUGUAGAAUGUAAAUGGAUUAUUACAGUUUCUUCAGGUUACAAUGUAGCUUUAAAAUUUCAACGUUUUCAGAUUACAGAAGAAAAUUGUCAAUCAAACUUUUUAGAAAUAGUCGACGGUUCGUGUCCUGAAAACAAUUUAAUAGGAAGAUAUUCUGGAAACGAAAUGCCAAAAGAUAUAAUAUCCACUAAUAAUACAAUAUUAAUGAAAUAUAAAAGUGAUUUUUCUGCAAGUGACUAUGUUCAACCCGAUGGUUUUAUAGUAAAUUUUGUCAAAGAAAUAGACGAAUGCGAAUAUUCUGAACGAAACGGAUGCAGUGAUAUAUGUGUUAAUACAAUUGGAAGCUAUAGAUGUGAAUGCAGAGAGGGACGAUACGCAUUUACGAAUGAUAAAAUUUGUGAAUCUUAUUCUAAUGCUUGCGGAGGAAUUCUGAAUAUAACAGAGAAAACAAUAAUUACUAGUCCUUUAUUCCCGGAUAAUUAUCCAAGUUAUUCUACUUGUAUAUGGGAAGUUAUCAAUCAAAAUGUCAUGAUUAAGUUUCUUCGAUUGCAGUUAGAAGGAAAAGAGCCAUCGUGUUUUGAUAAAUUAAUAAUAACAUCUGGAGAUUAUGAUUAUGAAUAUUGUUCAACUAAGCCUGAGGCUCUUAAUUUUACUCAAAUUGAUAAUUUGAAAAUUGAAUUUCUUUCGGAUGAAUAUGAAAAUUUUUCAGGAUUCGCAAUUUUAAUUGAACCGUUUUAGUUAGGGAUGAAAAAUUUUAAGUGUUCCUGAUGGAUUUUUCAAUUAUUCAUUCAUGUUACGCUUAUUAUAAAGCAUUUAAUUGCGUAUUAUAUCUUAAAGGUUCUGGCAGAUGUGUACUUAGAACUAUUAAACGUUUCUAAUAAAUGAAAUGAAAAUCAAUAAAAUAUUAUUAAGAUAAGAUUAUUUUAUAAUUGGCUUUGUUACAUUGGUCAUAUAGCCAGAUGCAAAGGUGAAAGGGUGGACGAAAUACUUAAUGAAAUGAAGACAAUGGAUAGAAUAACGAAAGAAGAAACCAAGAAUUAGGUGGAGACAAAAUUGGAAAAUUUGUUGAAGUACAAUGAAAGUGACUGAGAGGAAAGACUUACAAGUUAGUCAUGGAAGAGAGAGAUCGUCAUCUAACAAUGGACUGACAAUGAUUUUAAUUACUCCGAAGAUUUUAGAAAGAAAUUAGAAAUAAUAUUUUAAUUAUUCCUAAACAUUUAAUCGCAACUAAUUCGAAUAUUUUUAUAAGAUUUAAUAAACAGU